AUGGCACCACCAAAACACCCACAGGUUGUUUUUGGCACCGCUGCUUUCGGCACAGGAUCCCCUCAGGCCAAAUUCUACGAUAGGGCAACCGCAUCCCCCGUCCUGACCACCCUGCAGGCGAGAAAUAUUACCGUCCUGGAUACGGCUCGGGCGUACCCCGUGGGUUCCCCGGGUACCUCUGAGAAGAUCCUAGGGGAGCUGCGAGUUCCUUCUUGGGCCACAGUCUCCACCAAAGUCCUGUCCUGGAAGCCUGGAUCCCACCGGGCGGAUAGAGUUAAAGAAAGUAUCACAGCGUCUCUCGAAGCGCUACAGACGGAUAAGGUGGAUAUUUUAUAUCUACACGCACCAGACCGGGCGACCCCAUUUGAGGAAACGUGCCGGGCGAUAGAUGCUGAGUACCGGGCCGGCAAAUUCGCUCGGUUUGGUUUAAGCAACUAUACCGCGGAGGAGGUCGAGGAGAUCCUGACAAUCUGCGAGAAACAUGGUCUGGUGAAACCUAGUGUGUACCAGGGCCGGUACAAUGCAAUCAUCCGCUCCGCAGAAACACGGCUCUUCCCUCUUCUUAGACGGCACGGGAUAGCGUUUUACGCGUACAGUCCCGCAGCAGCAGGCCUCUUCACUGGUCGGGUUUCGCCUGAAUCCACCCUGCCUGGUUCACGCUGGGACAAAAAUACUGACAUGGGCAAAAAUUAUCAAAAUACGUACUUUCGACCAGCGGUCCUUGCCGCAGUUGACGAAACAGCAAAGGCAGCAGAGGCGGCGGGGAUUAGUGGGCACGCGCUGGCAUUACGCUGGACGAUCUAUCAUUCGGCCUUAGGUCAUCAGUAUGGAGAUUCUGUGAUCAUUGGUGCAUCGAGCCUCGCACAGUUGGAGGCUAAUCUGGACGCGGUCGAGGCGGGUCCGUUGGAUGAGCACCUGGCAGGUUUGGUUGACCAGGUGGGGAAGUUGGUUGGUGACGAGGCAGCUCCAUACCAUCUCUAG